AAAUGGAAAGAGGCUCCUCUGAACCCCCAGUGGCUCGCAACACUGGCCCUGCCCCAUCUACCUCCACUGCUCCCAUGCCUAUUCCCCGCUCCUCCUCCGUCUCAUGCCACCCCCACCCAGGAAGUAAAAAACACAAGCGGACCCCCCUUUAUCAGAGAUCAAUGAGUUUUGACCCAGGAAUGCUCCAUAACAAUGGGCACACUGCUUAUGCCAACGGCACAGGGCCUGGCAUCAGAGAGACUGGUGUGGUCGAGAAGCUACUCACCUCCUAUGGCUUCAUCCAAUGUUCCGAACGUCAGGCGCGUCUGUUCUUCCACUGUUCCCAGUACAAUGGCAACCUGCAGGAGCUUAAAGUAGGAGAUGAUGUAGAGUUUGAGGUAUCCUCUGACAGGCGCACUGGCAAGCCCAUAGCAGUGAAGCUGCUUAAGAUAAAGCCAGAGGUGCUGCCAGAGGAGCGGAUCUCGGGCCAGGUUGUUUCAGCUAUUCCUGUGCACUUAGAUGGAAAGUCUGCUCCUGGCCAGGUUCCCACUGGCAGUGUGUGUUACGAAAGAAAUGGGGAGGUAUUUUACCUUACCUACACUCCUGAUGACGUGGAGGGCAAUAUCCAUCUGGACACGGGUGACAAAGUCAGCUUUUACAUGGAGACCAACAAGCAUACUGGUGCAGUCAGUGCACGUAACAUUCAGCUGGUGAAGAAGAAGCAAAUGAGAUGUCAGGGUGUGGUGUGUGCCACAAAGGAGGCCUUUGGAUUCAUUGAGAGGGCUGAUGUGGUGAAAGAGAUUUUCUUUCACUACAGUGAGUUUAAAGGUGACCUGGAAGCUCUGCAGGCUGGAGAUGAUGUUGAGUUUACCAUCAAAGAUAGAAAUGGCAAGGAGGUAGCCACAGAUGUGAGGCUGCUCCCCCAAGGUACAGUCAUCUUUGAAGACAUCAGCAUUGAACAGUUUGAAGGCACAGUCAUCAAAGUUAUUCCCAAGGUCCCCACCAAAAACCAGAACGACCCUCUACCAGGUCGUAUCAGUGCCCGGAGGUUCACUGACAAGGAGCUGCCAUUUGGCGAGAAGGACACAAAGUCCAAGGUGACCCUGCUGGAGGGAGAUCACAUCCAGUUCAACAUCUCCACCGACCGCAGAGACAAGCUAGAGAGAGCUACCAACAUCGACAUUCUCCCAGACACCUUUAACUUCACCAAGGAGACCCGUGAGAUGGGAGUGAUUGCGGCUAUUCGUGAUGGCUUUGGGUUCAUUAAGUGCGUGGAUCGAGAUGCCAGGAUGUUCUUUCACUUCAGUGAAGUCCUGGAGGAAAGCCAACUGCACAUCUCAGAUGAAGUCGAGUUCACUGUUGUGCCUGAUAUGCUGUCAGCUCAGAGGAACCAUGCAGUCCGCAUCAAGAAGCUACCCAAGGGCACAGUGUCCUUUCAUACCCAGUCUGAGCAGCGCUUUGUAGGCGUGGUAGAGAAAGAAAUCAUGGCAGCCAACAAAAAUGCCAGUCCCACCAAGGGCAAGGAGAAGGAAGCUGAAGAAGGCAUGAUUGCAUAUGAAGACUGUGGUGUGAAGCUCUCUGUGCCAUACCAUGCCAAAGACCUGGAGGGAGCAUCUUACCCACAGGUCGGAGAUAAGGUGGAGUUCUCCAUCAACGAAGUGAAGAGAACUGGUCAGCAGAGUGCAGUCUCCAUCAGGGUUCUCAACCGGAACACUUCCAACGCCAAGAGACUGCAGGGAUUUGUUGCCACUCUGAAAGACAACUUUGGCUUCAUUGAGACAGCAAAUCAUGACCAAGAGAUUUUCUUCCAUUACAGUGAGCUCUGUGGAGACCUGGACAACCUGGAGCUCGGGGACACUGUGGAAUAUACUCUGUCCAAGGGGAAAGGAAACAAAGUCAGUGCUGAAAAGGUUACCAAGGUGGCUGCAGUGAAUGGCAUUGGUGAAGAUGUAGGUGCAACAGUGAUGGUGGGAAAAGUUGUUCGUCCCUUGCGCAGUGUGGACCCUUCCCAGACAGAAUAUCAAGGACUUAUUGAGAUCACAGACGAAGGGGGAAAUAAAGGCCAGAGUUAUCCCUUUGGAAUCAUGGGCAUGGCAAACAAAUCAGAUUGUUUGCAGAAAGGAGAAGUUGUGAAGUUCCAAGUUUGCACAAUAUCCCAGACUGGACAGAAGAUGGCCUGUAAUGUGGUCCCUCAGCGCAGAGCCAUGGUGGAGUGUGUCAAAGACCAGUUUGGCUUCAUCACAUAUGAAGUCGGUGAAAGCAAGAAACUGUUCUUCCACGUCAAAGAAGUGCAAGACGGCCUGGAGCUCCAGACCGGGGAUGAGGUGGAGUUCUCAGUUGUCCUUAAUCAACGCACAGGAAAAUGUAGUGCCUGCAAUGUCCGUAGAGUCAGUGAGGGGCCUAAGCCUGUGGUGACUCCACGUCCUGAUCGCCUGGUGAACAGACUGAAGAGCAUCACUCUGGAUGACGCCAGCGCUCCUCGCCUGGUCAUAGUUAGACAGCCCCGUGGUCCAGACAAUUCAAAGGGCUUCAAUGUGGAGAGGAAGACUCGGCAGCCUGGUGUCAUCGACUGAGCAAUACAAACUCCGCCCUGCCCCCAAUCAGAGGGGGAACGUGGUCCCGAAAGGGUAACAGCAGGGGAGAAGGGAGUUUGAUUUGACAAGUGUUUGUACACGCAAACUCAUACACAAAGCAUACGCACACAUAAAAACAAUUGGCAUGUGUUAAAAAAAUUGUAUAAAUGAAUCGAUCAACCUUGCAAGGGAACUUUUCUCAUUCCACAGUUCCCUGCCUCCCAUGUAUGAUUUACUGGAUACAGCUUGGCACUGCAGUCUACAUGGGAUCUCUGAGUGUGUGCGCGUGUGUGAUGUGUUCCUAAAAUGACUAUAGUGUGUAAUGGAGGUGUUUGUUUCUGAGGGCCAUAAAUGUCCCUCUAAAUCAGAGUGAUGAUUGUGUGGCUGUCUAUGUCCCUGUCUUUUGAAUCUGCUUUGUCUGGAAUUCUGCACCUGUAAUCUGUCCAGUAGUUUGCGUGGGUAGCGAGUGACUGUUGGCAUGUCUUGAUCUGCUUCGUUUUUCUCCCAUUAUAGUUUUGCGCCUUUACCCAUGGAAACUCGAAAUGACUCGAUAGUCAGGUUUCCACUACUGUAUGCUUUCCUACAAGACGCAUAAAGCAAAGUUCCCUCCAUAAGGAGGAUCAUAUUUCUCAUAUGUGCAAGCUUAAACUGAAGAUUCUUCUCUGCUCGGUUUUUUGAGCAGUUUUAAAAUGCUUUACUGAAGAGCUGAAGUGGAAGCAUGGUGUGUGUGAUGUAUGUGAAUGUCAAAGUAGUUAAUCGGAUAAUAGGAUUUACUUUUACCAAUCUGGAGCCUUUAGAUACCUUUUUGGUAUUCACAUGCUCCAAUUUAAGCAAUUUUUCCCAGGUGCAGAAUUCCUUGUGGCAUCUUAUAUCUGCAGUUCUUUUAUACUAUUUUUUUUUCUUGCACAUAUUUUUGCUUUUUUUCAUUGAAAUUCAAUCUGCUAAUAUUGAAUUAAGUAAGAAUAAGGUGCCUAAAACUGAAAGCAAAUGUAAAAAUAAAAAAAAUAAAAAAAAUCAAGAAAAAAUUAGAUGUAUCUUCUGUUCCCAGCCAACCACCAAAAUAUUCAGAACAAUCUUAGGGUGGCUUUCUUUUCUAGUAGAAAUAAUACUGAUAUGCAUCCCAAACCUGUGGGUUGAAAUAUACUGUAUGUAAUGUGUGCUUUUUUUUUCUUAGUGAAACGUCAAGAUGAUAAUAACAAAGCAAAUUUAACUUAAAGAAGGGGGAAGGUGAACUAUUAGAAAUCCAGUUUCAGAAUCAGAUCUCAAUACUUGUUGCUCUGGAAGAUGAGGUUGGUGAGGUGUUGUGCCUCUGCACAUUGAGUUACAGUCAAAUUAAUUUCAGUCACCGGGUUUCCGUUGAACCACUUACAGAGGUUCUUAUGUACUUUUGUUUAAUGGUCUUGAAUGAAAACAUUGAAUUAAAGUUUUAUGAAAAUCA